AAAUUAAGGGUCAGAUGCUACUUUUUCAGAAGAUAGACACUAAAGAUUUUGUUCUGUGUUUUCACACAGGAAAGUAACGAUGAAGUUGAGUUGACAGCAAAAGUGAAGGUAAUCACCAAAAUAUUCUCCUUCUCAGGCCAUGAAUCAUUCUGUGGCUAAUGUGAUCUUGGAAGGUUAUGGCACAUUGUCAACUGGAACGGGAAAGCCUGUGGAGAUCACAGGAACACACACGGAGGUUAAUGUAGAUCAGACUAUUGAUUUGAUUAAAGAAGCCCAGAACAUAAUAUGUGUCUCGAGUUACGGACUUUCUGUUGCAAAGGUCCAAUACCCCAUCGCUGAGAUGGUAAAGAUGCUUCGAGAUGCUGGAAGAACAUCAGAAAAAGAGAUGAUGAAAUUUGUAAUUCACCUGGUUGCUGGCUGGAUGCCUGGUCAGCUCAUUGUGCUGUUGUCUGAAGCUGGUGUGCCAUGGGAUAUAUAAAUGGAUUACAUAAACGACGCUGUCCGUGACUUGGUUCUGGUAAUCGGUGCUAAUGGCACCAUAAACUCUGCCACCCAGGAGGAUCCAAACUCUAUCACUGCUGGCAUGUCUAUGCUGGAGGUCUGGAAGGCGAAGCAGAGGAAACUGCUCCCUGAGCGAGGAACACAGUACUGCGAGCGAGGACUAUGUGACCAGCCCUCUGAUAUCUGCUGGCGCAAAGUGGAUUUCUGCUCUCUGGCUCAGUACUUUUGGCACUAUGGGGGAGGGAACCACAGUCAGCACCAGCUGUGCUGUGAUUGGUUGUUUCUGAAGAGUGAGAUUUGA